AGUAAUUGUGUUGAUGUCAACUGUUAAAUUUGGGCCAACUUCUUAAAAAAUAAAUUUUAAGGUGGUGAUUUGCUUCAACUUGAAAAUAUUGGGGGACAAUUUUCAGCUUCUGAAUUUUUUUUUUUUUUUUAAAAAACUGUUGAAUGCAUGCUACUUGUGUAUUCAUGUUUAUUUGUUCCCACCUUAUCAUGGCAUUAAUGGCAAUUUCUGCUCUUAGUUUCAUUCAUUUUUAUAUAGUCCGUGAUAAACCAAGAUGGCAGCUGAGCUUGUCAAUUCUGCAACAAGUGAGAAACUUGCUGAAGUGGACUGGACAAAAAACAUUGAGAUAUGCGAAUUAGUUGCUCAAGAUCAACGGCAAGCCAAAGAUGUCAUGAAGGCUAUUAAAAAACGUUUAGGGAGCAAAAACUCAAAUACUCAAUUAUAUGCAGUAAUGCUGUUGGAGAUGUUGAUGAACAAUAUUGGAGAAGCAGUUCAUAAGCAGGUGAUUGAUGUGGGGAUCCUCUCUAUUCUUGUGAAGAUAGUUAAGAAAAAGUCAGAUUUGCCUGUUCGAGAGAAGAUAUUUUUACUUCUAGAUGCCACGCAGACAUCCCUUGGUGGUGCUUCUGGAAACUUCCCUCAAUAUUAUAGUGCAUACUUUGAUUUGGUGAAUGCUGGAGUGCAAUUUCCUCAAAGGCCCCAAUCUACUCCUUCGAACCAUCCUACUUCACAAGAAAAUAAGAAAAAUACUCUUAAUGGGGAACUUGCUGCGUCUAGACAUGAUGAGCUUGCUCAAAAACCGGAUCCUCAGACUGUUCCUGAAUCAAGUGUCAUUAUUCAGAAGGCUGGCAAUGCUUUAGAGGUUUUAAAAGAAGUCCUUGAUACAGUUGAUCCUCAUAACCCUGAGGGAGCAAGGGAUGAGUUUACACUUGAUCUGGUUGAACAGUGCUCAUUCCAGAAGCAACGUAUAAUGCAAGUUGCAAUGACUUCUCGGGAUGAGAAGGUGGUUUCUCAAGCAAUUGAGUUGAAUGAACAACUCCAGAAAACUCUAGACAGGCAUGAUGCCCUUCUCUCAGGUAGAGCCACAGUUUCAAGCAGACCAGCAUCAACUGCAAAUCAUAUUGCUCAUGAAGACAUGGAGGAGGAAGAAGAGCCUGAACAGCUUUUCAGAAGGAUACGGAAAGGAAAAGCUUGUGCAAGGCCAGAAGAUGAAGAGUACAUGUACGCUUCAGAGCGACCUCACUUGGGCAUGUUUGGAUCACCCAUUCCAGGUGAAAGAGAGAGGCUAAACCGUCCACUUAUUCGCUCACUCUCCUCAGAGACAUCCCAUGAAACCAAUGGACAUCCUCCACCUACUGCCAUCCCACCACCUCCUGCAAAACAAAUGGAAAGAGAGAAAUACUUUCAGGAGAAGAAGGUUGAUGGUUCCACAUUGGCUGGUCAUGUGAGAGGCCUGUCAUUACACAGUCGUAAUGCCAGCAGUUCCCGGAGUGGAAGCAUAGAUUUCAGUGACUGAUUAAGGUCUAUGCCCGCCUCUCGGUGUCUGUUGUGGAUAUGUUAGAUUUGUGAGUUUCUUUCUGCAAGUGAAGGUGGGUGUUCCAUUGCUAUGUUGAAAGAGAGGACUAAGGACUUAACCUUCAUGAUAUUUUAUCAUCUGAAGAACAUCAAGUCUGUCCAUUAUCGUUGGUUAUUGCUGGUGGACGGAUAUUUCUCCAGAGUUGUGCUAUCGAAUUUAUGUGUUCAACUAUACCAACAUGUUUCAAAUUUUCUCUAUGUAAAAGAGGAUGAUUAUUUUUUUUCCUUCUAAUUUAAUUUGAUACUAGUAGCAUGAUUUGUUUCUUUUUAUUCUAGUAGAGUAUGGAACCUUCUACUACCUUCUAAUUCUAAGAUAAU